GUUAUCAGUGUAUAAUUUCAGAUGAAAAAUUAUAAUUUUUAAAGUUCUUUGUUCAGUGUUGUUUUAGUUUUUGAUUUAUUUUUAAAUACCAUGACACAAAACAAUAAAUUUAAGAAACCGGAUUGCUGGGACGAUGAUGAACGAAUGAACGCUUUGUUUCAACCAUUUAGACCAAGGCAGGUGAACCCACAUAAUUUCGACGCAAAACUUAAAUUUUGGGAAGAUUUAAUAUAUGAGUAUUGCAAAUACCAAAAAGGAGAUCCCAGUUUUAGUAAAAGCGAAAUCCAAUUGAGUUUUAAAAGGAAGGAUAAAUUAGCAUUAUGUUUGGACACUGUAAUAGAGGAUAUGAUUUCACAAAAAAUAAUUCACAAAAUGGAUGACCUUUUAAGUAACCCCUACAAUACUUGGACUAUGUGGGCCGUAAAUAGCUUUGUGAAAAACCCAGUUAGAUGGGGAUUAAGCAGAGUUUGGGGUAAAACAAGUGUUGAUACGGAAGAUACAAAAUAUUAUCAUGCAUCUGUUUUAAAGGAGUUAUCCGAUGAGCUUAUGAAUGUCUUAAUGAAUCAUCAAGGAAAAGUUUUGAAAACUGAAGAUCUUUUAGCAAUAUUAAAACCAAAAAUGCAAUUGAAUAAUAAUGGAUUAACAAUAUGUUUGAUUAAUUUAUAUCAUAAUCAUAAAAUUUUAGUAGAUUUUGAAAUUGUUAAAGGACAUAUUAAAAUAAAUCUAAUUAAAGUGCCUGGUAAAGACGGGACAAAGGAAACAUUUACCGAAUAUGAUAAAACUAUGGUUAAACUAAAAGAAACUAAAGAUGCUCUUGAAGAUCAAGUAACAAAUUUAGAAAAUGAAAUAUCAAAAUAUCAUCAAUCAGCUAAAAAAUGUAUUUCUGAAAAAAAUCAAAGAAUGGCUAAAGUUCAUUUAAAAAAGAAGCUUUUUUUACAAGAUCAAUGUGAUAAAAAAUCAAAUAUUCUUCAUAAUGUUGAAACUCUUAUAGCUAAUAUGGAAGAUGCUCAAUCAAAUGGUGAAAUUCUUAAUGUGUAUAAAAUGGGAACUGAUUCCUUAAAAUCUGUUAUGUCAACAAAUGGUCUUACAAUAGAAAAUGUAGAUGAAAUAAUGUCAACUAUGAAAGACAUUACAGAAGAGCAUACAGAAAUUCAAAAUGCUAUGUCGAAUAUAGAUAAUACUUCAAUGUAUGAAAAUGAUGGUUCUCUAGAGAAUGAAUUAGCAGACAUUCUUGCUCAAAACUCCAUUGAUUUGGUGAAAGAAAAAGAAAACAGUCAUAUUGACAACGAGAAAUUAGAAUUGGAAAAAGAGUUGAUUGAUUUGUUAGAAAACUUAGAAGUUGAAACAUCAACACCCGCUAAUCUAUCAACGAUUUCUCUUGAAAAAACAACUUAAAGAUAAAUCAACAAUAUGUUAA